CUUUUCGUCGUGGUCGUCAUCAUCAACAUCAACCAAAACCACUUUUCAAUCUAACAAAUAUAUUCUUAUUACAGAUUCUCAAUAAUGUUUCGAAGCUUUUUCAGAUCAAAUCAUCAUCACAUCUGAAUUGUUUGCUGGAGAAGAGAGAUAGAGAGAGAUGUCGAGCUGUGGAUGCUUGUAUUGGAACAGAGUCACCGAUGUUACGGUUCCAGUUAUCGAUUCUUUCUCCCUCCCUUCUCCGAUUCCUCAGUGGCCUCCAGAUUUGCAGGUAAUGGAUUUGCUACUGGAAUGAUUAAUUUAGGAGAAUUAGAAGUUUGUGAAAUCAGCAAAUUUGAAUUCAUUUGGGGAACCGAUAUGGCGAAAAACAGAAAGAAAGGUGUCAACUUCUUUAAACCAGUGGAAAUACCAGAUGGAUACUUUUGCCUCGGUCACUACAGCCAACUCGAUGAGAAACCUUUGCGCGGGUUUGUACUCGUGGCUCGGGAAGUGUCCAAAUCUGGGUCACCUGCUCUUCUCAAGCCUAUUGAUUACACAUUAGUUUGGUGUCCAGAUGACUGGACUGAGGAAAACGUUCAUGGCCAUGGUUACUUCUGGUUGCCUCUGGCUCCCGAGGGUUAUAAAGCUGUCGGUUUCAUUGUAACAAAUAAGCCUGCGAAGCCUGGUUUGGAAGAAAUUAGAUGUGUUCGAGAUGAUCUUACAGAAUCAUGCGAACCACACUGUUUACUAGUUAAUACGCAUUCGAAAAUUGCGGAGUCGCUAUUUAGAGUCUGGAAAACGAGACCUUGCCAUCGAGGAAUGCACGAGAAAGGUGUAUCAGUCGGUACGUUUUUCUGCAGUUGCCUUUGGAGUCCCGGAGAUGAUUUGAACAUUGCGUGUUUGAAGAAUCUAAACGCUAAAAUGCAGUCAAUGCCGAAUCUUGAUCAGAUUCAUGCCCUCAUUAAGCACUAUGGACCAACUUUCUAUUUCCAUCCCGAUGAAAUCUACCUGCCAUCUUCCGUAUCUUGGUUCUUUGAAAACGGAGCUUUGUUGUACAGGAAAGGCGAGCCCACAGGCGAGCGUAUUGAUCCUUCAGGUUCAAAUUUACCUACUGGUGGUAGAAAUGAUGGCGAAUAUUGGAUAGAUUUACCUAAAGAUACCUCAGAGAAGAAACUCAAAAGAGGGAAUUUAGAAAGCGCUAAACCUUACAUUCAUGUAAAACCCGCUUUAGGUGGGACUUUCACCGAUAUUGUCAUAUGGGUAUUCUGUCCUUUUAACGGGCCGGGCUGCUUGAAGAUUGGGCUCAUGAAUUUCCCUCUUAGCAGAGUCGGGCAGCACGUGGGUGAUUGGGAACACGUUGCACUUCGAAUCAGCAACUUUACAGGAGAGCUAUGGAGUGUGUAUUUGUCGCAGCACAGUGCGGGCGUGUGGGUGGCUGCCCCCGAUCUUGAGUUCAUAGAAGGUAACAAACCGAUCAUUUAUGCAUCAAGAAACGGGCACGCACAUUUCCCUCAUCCGGGCGAGUUUCUUCAGGGGUCCGCAAAUCUGAGAAUUGGAAUCAGGAACACGGCUGCACCUAGCAAAUACUCGUUGGAUUCGAGCCAAGAUUAUGAGAUCGUAGCUGCAGAGUAUCUUGGAGAUGGUGCGGUUAAUGAACCGUGUUGGUUGCAGUACAUGAGAAAAUGGGGGCCAACGACUGUACAUGACUCGAGGGCCGAGAUUACAAGAAUCCUGAACCGAUUGCCGGCAACUCUUCGGUGUUCAGCUGUGUACAUAUUCAAUAAACUACCAAAUGAACUCUAUGGAGAAGAUGGACCUACUGGACCCAAGGAGAAAAGCAGCUGGUUGGGUGAUGAAAAAUGCUAAGGUCUGUCUUCUUCUACUUACUUCCUCUUUGAGUUUGUGAAUUUACCGAAAUACCCUCACACGUCUACACGGUUAUACGGUUAUACGUUAUAUAAUGUGUAUAUAUAGAAGCGUUGAACGGUUUUCAAGAAAUGUGCGGUGUGUGUGCAUUUGACUUGUGAAAAUCAGUGGUGUGGAAAAAUUUGGAGUUACUCAUAGAAGUAUUUCUUGAUUCUUUUAGUUGCUGGUAAAAAUAUGAACGAAUGUUUAUGACGAUUGUUAUAG